CCAGACGAGACGCGUUUAUGUCACACCCCUGCUCAUUUUAGCCAAAUCCUGCCCUAAAAUGUCCCCUCUUCCAUCCUCGCUUCUGAUUCUAGGGUUUGCAUUCCUCUUUUUGCUCAUCUCUCCCUCACAUUCACUCAACUGUACUUCACAGAAUUUUACAAACAACAUUGUCUACGCAAACUGUACAGAUCUGCCGUAUCUCAGCUCGUAUCUCCACUGGACCUACAACUCCUCCAAAUCCUCUCUUUCCAUUGCAUUCGUCGCACCUCCGGCCAAAUCCACCGGCUGGAUCGCAUGGGCGAUUAACCCCACCGGCACCGGAAUGAUUGGAGCGCAGGCACUGGUGGCGCUCAAGGAAUCGAACGGCUCGAUGGUGGUGAAGACCUACAACAUCAGCUCCUACCAACCGAUCGUCGAGUCGAAUAUUUCGUUCCACGUAGCCAACAAAACCGCCGAGUACUCCGGCGGCCUCAUGAAGAUCUUCGCGGUACUGACGGUGGCGAAUAACGCGACUGUGAACCAGGUGUGGCAGGUCGGCAGUUCGGUCACCGGCGGCAUUCCGGACAAGCACGCGUUCACGCCGGCAAAUCUGAUGGCAAAGGGAACCCUAGUAUUGAUGGCGGCGCAGACCAAUUCAACCACUAACAGUACUACUCCUACUCCUGCUCCUCCAAGUGGUAGUCCUGCUGCUCCAAGUGAGAAUGUUAGUGCAAGGAUUAGAUAUAGCAAUGUUGCUUUUUAUAUAUUUUUAUUAUUUGUUGGAGUUUUUUGUUUUUAGAGCAUUGCUAUGAAUUUUCAUGACUCGCCACUGUAAUAAUCAUUAAUUUAAAGGAUUAGAGUGAGAAUUUUAUCUAAA